ACUCUUAAACACCUUCGCGUAAAAUGACCUAGAAUUGAAGGUCAACAUAUGAACUGACUUAAUGUUCAUAUUUUUAAAAACCAUUUAUGCACUUCGGUGUGUCGCCGUGUUUUGUUUUUCUGACGAAGUGCCAUUAACUCGUUUACCGGCUUUGCUAACAAAAUCUAUAACAUUUGAUUGUUUACGUCAUAAAGGGAUGGGAUGAAAAAGUAAAAGUAAAACCAAAAUUAAAAAGUAUAAUUGUUUGCAAUAUUUGCUUUCGUAUACGUACAAAAGCAAAUUUGUAGAACACCAAAUCGUACAGGUAGCCAGGACGCUUGUCUGUCAGUUAGUCAGACAAAGAUUAGCGCAUUAUGCCUUGGAGGUAAGAAAGAGACAUUAUUAAACGGCCGAACGUCUGCAGCCAUCAGCAAGCAAUAAAUUAAUACUUUCCGAAUUUCGGUAUAUGGUACUUGCUGCUUCGCUACCUAAUGCCUGCUACAAACGUGCUCUCACAGUAAUCCUUCCAUUAUGCUGCCGUGACUGCGACUAUUGCUAUCUCACUCGAACCGCAACUCUACGUGCUAACGCACACAUAUGUAUGUGUGUACAAAUUAAUAAAAUACACGCAGUGAAUUUAAACUUGUAUCACUCUUUACCGCACCGUCUAACGUGACACAACGCACUAUACAUAUGUACCUCAUAGUCGCACCACACCUUGAACUAUUGACUCCACGACACUGAGUUCGUCGAGUAGAGUUACUCAUAAGUACAUUCAAAUAAACAACAUAUUCCUAGUGCAAGAAACAACCACCAAAAAAUACUAAGCAACUACAAAUAUACAUAGCCUAUGAACCACCACCAAUCCGCAACACUGAGCCACGCACGUUCACACUCACUCAUUUGUAUAAGCAAUUUCCCCUGCAUACACACCGCUUGUAUUUGUUGGGUUGCUUUCUGUGUUGCCUUGACUCGUCUUUGGAUUUUCGUGCUACGUUCGUUCGGUCGUUUGGCACUGUUUGGACUCUCUCGCUGCGUUUUGGAAUUCAGUCGGCAACGAUAAUUAGUGUUGGUAGUACGUAGUAUCGUUGUAUCGUGAUAUCUCCAUGCACAAUAGCGUUCAGCUUCUGCGACAAACAGCCACACUCAGCGCCAACACUACUAGCCCAGUAAUUAUUGCAGUGAACGCGUUUGCGGCGCAAUUUACGGAACGUCGUCAUUGUGAUCGUCAUCAUUAUUUUGUAUGCGCGUCCGUGGAGGCCCAUAUUCGAGUCCAGAACCAUCGUCAUCAUCGGACACAGAGUUUUUGCGAAUUAUACUAAGUGAAUUGCAGCAACAACAGUCAGAGUUAAUAAAAUAAGAAGUUGUGAACAACUGCGCCAACAUUUUGGUUUCGGCUGACCAAUUUUGUAACGGCAACGUAUAUAUCCAAAGCAACAAUUUGGACAUAGCUUGUAAUUAUUAAAAAUAUUGAUUAGUGCAUUUGUGCUUUUCGAAUUCGGUUGUGGUGUGCGAACGAUUUAAUUUGGAAUAUCGGAAAAAUGAUAAUAUUGAAUUUUGUGCUUCAAAAGAAAUAAGCGCAAAACGGAGAACAUUUGUGCAGAAGUAAGUGAAAGAAAAUUGACUCAAAACGGAAUGCAAUACAUGAGCACAUCGCCUUUGCCCGCAAGUGUAGCUUUAAUAAAACGACACAACAACACGUAAUUAUAUAGUGCACCCGCUACGACCACGAACGAGGGCCUAUAAUCAUAGUGUGAUGAUAACAAGUGUAAAGUGUGCCAUAAUGAAGUAGGAAGAGCGAAUAAAAGUAAAACAUAAUAAAUAAUAGGCAAAACAAAAUCAAAAACAACAGACACACGUGAGAGCAAUGACAAUUACUAUUAAAAAAGAAGACGUUUAAAGUUUAAAGAAAUAAAAGUGUAAUAAGUGUAUUAUUUAAGUAAAUACUUAAGAAAUCAGUAAAGCGGCAUAUUUGAAAACUGAUAUUAUUGUAAUAAUAUAAAAAUGAUUGACGCUGCCUGCAAUUAUUUGAAUCCCUACGCAACCGCCUCACUUGCUGCUGCCGCCGCAACUAUGCCAUCCAUCGGUAGCAAUCAUCAUCAUCUCCAACAGCAACAGCAACAGCCUAGUGCUGCUACAUCAUUAACCGCCGCCGCCGCAGCCGCAGCUACAAUUACACAAAGUGCGACACAUUUUUCAACAUUGGCAGGCCAAAUGAGUAACAACAGCAGCGGUAGCAACACACAUCUCGGUGGUUUUACUACAAGCGCCAGCAAUUUCGCCUCGCUUUAUGGACAAAAAUCUGCAACAGCAGCAUCCUCAACAGAUGCUUGCAGUGCCCUUGCCAUGAAAAUGGAAAUGCAAUAUCCGCCACAAUCAUCCUCUACCGGUACGGCUUCGCCAAUAUCGAGUCAACAUUCGGGACCAUCAUCUGCGUCUGUCUCGCCAACCAGCAUAUUUCCAUCGCCCGCCCAGUCAUUUGCCUCGAUUUCCUCGAGUCCGCCUGCAUCUGCAACCUCAUCGUCGGUGUCGCCACUUUCCGGCUCACCGACCACCGCCCAGGCUGUAGCGGCACAUGCUAGCGCAGCUGCAGCAGCCGUAGCCGCUGCAUCGAAUACUGAUUUAGGCGCAGCUGCGGCUGCAAGUGCUGCCUAUUCGUGGAACACCUAUUCAGCAGCAGCCGCGUUACCUACACGUACACAAUUUCCGUACGCCCAGUACGCCUCGGAUUACUAUGGCAACGUAGGCAUGUCUGCUUCGGCUGCAGCCGCCGGCGCUUGGUUUUCGCACCAGGAUCGACUUUAUCAGCCCUGGUCGAGUCAGGCAUAUCCAAGUUUUAAUUUUGACGAUAUCGCCUUCCAGACACAACUGCAGCGCCGCUCAGUUCGUUGCACAUGCCCCAAUUGUGCGAACGAAAUGUCCGGCCUGCCACCAAUUGUUGGUCCAGAUGAACGUGGCCGAAAGCAACAUAUCUGCCAUAUACCGGGCUGUGAGCGACUCUACGGCAAAGCAUCACAUUUGAAGACACAUUUGCGUUGGCAUACCGGUGAGCGGCCAUUUUUGUGCUUAACUUGUGGAAAACGUUUUUCACGUUCUGAUGAGUUGCAACGUCACGGACGCACGCAUACUAAUUACCGGCCGUACGCCUGUCCAAUUUGCUCGAAAAAAUUUUCUCGUAGUGAUCAUUUGAGCAAGCAUAAAAAGACGCACUUUAAAGACAAAAAAAGUAAGAAAGCGCUUGCAGCAGAAGCUAAACAACAAUCAUCGGCUGUGAAGCCGGAGAAAGUUCAGGAUAAUCAACAGGAAAAGAGAACACCGAUUGGCAGCGGUCUCAACAGUUCAAAAUCAUCUGUUGCGAGUCAGUCUAGUGUUUCGUCGUCCGCAAAUAUAAUCAGUAAUAAUAACAGCAACAACGCUACGACGAAACCGCUUACUCCUUCAGUCACAGCCGCGACUAGACUCGCAGCGUCCACAUCAACACCAACACAAUUGCAAAUGAAAACAGAACAACCAGAUGCCAUGGGUGGCUACAAUGCUUAUUCGAAUUUGUAUCACCAAAGCACAUCGCUCUUCCACCAUACACAUCCACUUUCUGGCGCUGGUCUCUAUAGUGGAGGUCUACAACAACAUUCCGGUGCGCAACAACAGCAACAGUCAGUAGCUUCCAAUUCCUCUGUGUCCUUAGCCUCACCUUUGUCAAGUAGCGCCUCGUUUGAUUUGUGGAACAGCCAUACAAGCAAUCAGCAGCAACAGCAUCAACAACAACAACAAAUUAGUCGCAGUGCCAUAUUACAGCAACAGUCAAUGCAGGGCAGUCCUGCCAGCAAUAACACCAAUACUGAAACUACCUCAACAGCUGCAACGACUAACCUCCAGCAGCAACAACAGCCACAGCAGAUGCAGUCGAGUUUAACGACAACAGCAACGAGUAGCCAACAUUACGCGGCGCUCGCAAUGCAAAGUGAGUCCCAAUUGGCGGCCGAGUAUGGCCUUACCAUGAGUUCGCCCGGUGAUUCCAACGGUUCUACCUCCCCUGUUAAUCAUCACCUACAACACUCCACAACAUCGCACACAUAUCCUGGGCUGCUUCACAUGAAAUCCGAGUAUACCGCCUAUCCGGAUUUCAGCACAAGUUCGGGCUAUGCCAGUGCUGGCGCCUUCCAUCACCACGCGCAUAAUCCUUGGGCGACAGCAGCCGCAUAUCAACACUCACAUGCCACCGCCUAAGUACUGAUAUUGUCAAAUCAAUCAUAUUUCAGGCUGCUUAUUUAAGUAAACCGAUUGAAUUGUUUUCAAUUUUUUCAAUGUAGUUGAGAUUAUAUACAAUAUCUAUAUAUAUAUAUAUUCAUUACAAAGUGGCUUUUCGUUGUUGUUGUCUAAGUUUAAUUAACAUUACUAAUUUUUUAUAAUUUUAUAAAUUUUUGUUUUCAUAGUUCGUUCAAUUUUCAAAAUAUUUAAACAUAUUUAUAUUGAAUGGUAUUAGUAUUAAAAAUAAAGGAUUCAUUGUAAAUAUAAGCAUAUGUUAUUAAUUAUGAAUUACAAAUGUAUAUAUGUAUGUAAUAAUGUAAUAGAAAAAUAAUAAUCUCAAUCUUGUUAUGUUCUUUCAACAUGUUUUCUAGGUGAUAAAUAAAAGUCCAUAUAUAAUAACACAUAACAAUAAAAUAAAAACUCGACUUGCAUUAAAAAUCUGA